GUAAAUAAUAUUUGCAUUUUGUCUGUAUUAUCUAAAAAAUAAAUAUAUAACAAAUAAAUUAUUUCAAACUGAAUCUACAAUGUCUGCAUAAUAUGUUCUCUCUAAUAUCUUUAUGCGUUAGGAAUGUGAUGCUUCGCUCAAGCAUAAAACGGAAAUGAUUACAAAGUUAGAGAGUCAAAAAGAAGAUAUGGCCAGCACUAUUACACAGCUGGAGAAAAAAUGGGAUGCCGAUAAAACUAAUUUGGGUGAAGUACUACGAAACACCUCACAAACCUUGGCAACUCAGGUGACUGCGUGUGAUGAGCGCGCCGCUCGUGCCGAAGCCGAAUCUCGCAUAGAACGCGAAUGGCGAAUUUCCUUACAAGAAAAGGAAGUAAAAUUGAAGGAAAAAAUUAGUAAUCUGCAAACUUGUAUUAAGGAGCUCACCGACGACUCGCAGCAACAUACUAAACUGCGUGCUGAACUUGAUAAAAUGCGCACACAAUGGUCGGAGGCACAAACAACACUCGAAGAAUUAGGCAUACAGUUAAGUGUCAGCAAAUUAAAGGUAUCUGAACUCGAAGACCGCGAAAGAAGACAACAACAGCUACGCUCCUCAGACCUAUCGCUACAGUCGCCAUCAGAAGUGGCUAGCGCUGGGAUAUGGGCGCCGGAUUCGAUAGCCACACAUUGCACUUCAUGCAAAAAAGAAUUUGGCUUGACGCGACGGAAACAUCACUGUCGCAGUUGUGGUGACAUUUUUUGCAAUUCAUGCUCGGAGCACACAUUGCCGCUACUCACGGAUCUUGGGCAAUCGGGGAAGCCGGUACGGGUUUGCGACCAAUGCUAUGAGGCGAAAAAAUGAUAAUGUAUAUUAAAUGGUGCUCUCACAAAUUUUUAUUAAUACGUAUUGUAUGUACUAUGUAGUAUGUAGGGGCAUAACUUUGCAAACGAAAAUGUGUACAUACAACAUUGUAUUAAAUGUGUAUUAAAUGUAAACUAUAUGUGUACAUAGCAAUAUAUCGCAAAUUCACUUCAAAGGUGUCACAACUAAAAAUUACCCGUUUGCUAGAAAACGCAAAAAAUGAUUUCAUAGCAUUAUUAGCCAUAUGGGCAAGAGAGACUUAUAAAUUUGCUAGAUAUAGUUUUAAUUACAACAAAAUUUUGCCCCACCUUUUGCUGAAAGCUAUAUAAACGGUCUUUGAACUUUUGUAGCGCAUAAUUUCACAAAUGACAAAUUUUGAGUUGUGUCACCUUUGAAGUGGGUGUGCGAAAUAUAAUCUACUUGUGUUUAUGUAAAAUGCCUUAAUAUCUAUGUAUGAAUGUAUUUAUCCUAACAUUGAUUAGGGGGU